UGAUUGAUUUGAAUCGGUUGAAUUAAAAUUUAAAAAUUUCGACUCUUGAAACGGAAAUUAAUUUUUUUUUCAUCUGUGAGAAACGGCAAGCUCUUAAUGAAAUGAUGUCACCAAAUGUGAAGGAAUUGCAAUCCUCAACAACAGCAGUGAGCGAUAUAAUGGCCACCAUGAUAUCACCCUAUGGUUAUGAUUCAGCCACCAAGAUUGACAAUCAUCAAUCGACAAUCAAUUAUCACAUGAACAAUGAAUCAAAGCCUGUGACAAACAAAACCAACAGAAAAACACACACCUCAUCGUCGUCGUCGUUAUUUUUGAUUGAUCAGAUUCUCAAAACGAAUGAUCAAAUGUCCGAUAGUGAAACCGGAUCAGACACAGUUGAUGAUCGAGAAGCCAUAUCAUUGGCUCUGAUGGACGAUGAUGCAGAUGAUAUUUUAUCGCUUGAAUCGAUGCGUUCAAGUCGACGCAAAGUUCGUCGUAGCCGUACCACAUUCACCACAUAUCAAUUGCAUCAAUUGGAACGAGCUUUCGAAAAGACUCAAUACCCGGACGUCUUUACACGCGAAGAAUUGGCCAUGAGAUUGGAUCUAAGCGAAGCCAGAAUUCAGGUCUGGUUCCAGAACCGAAGAGCGAAAUGGCGAAAGCGUGAGAAAUCGGGUCGUAAUGAAUCGACAAGCCCGAUGCCAAUGCCAAUGCCGAUGAUGAUGAUGAUGAUGACAAACAAUGAUGGCGGCAACAAACUAAUCAGUGACAAUGAUCAACACGGAAAACAACAACCACCGACUGUAUCACAUGACAUCGGACAAUCAUCAAUGGCCAAAUCACCCAAACCAUUUGGACAUUUGGCUUUUUCAUCCUCCUCGUCAUCAUCAUCAUCAUCAUCAUCGUCCACUUCGUCUACAAACGCGUCAUCGUCCAUGGACAGGUCAAAGAUGCCGCCACCACCAUUGAGCAACCCGAAAAUGGCAACACCUAUGCCCAUGAUGGCCAUCUCAAAUUACAUCAGUCCACUACAUUGGUCAUUGGCUGGUUCACCACCAUCACACUUUCCUGUUGCAGCAACCCCCCCACCAUCAUCCUCAUCCUCACUAUUGUCCAAUUAUCUGCAACAACACCUAUUCCGUUGGCCAACGGCUGCCGCCUACUUAUUGGCCAAUGGUGAUGAAGGUAAUCAUAGUAUUCAUAGUCAUAGUGAUCGGCUACAACAAUGGGAAACUUAUCUCAAAGAAAUUCAAUUGCUACACGAUGAUCAGCGAUAACCUUUAAACGAUUCAUUCAUUCAUUCAUUGACUGUACAAAACUAUGAACUGAAUAAUAAAUCAUAUUAUUAUGCACAU